AAACUUUAAAAUGUCUGACAUCAAAGAUAAAAAGAAAGAUGCUGAAGAGAAAGUAUAUGGUGGCAUUGAAGGUCCAAACUCCCAAUAUGUCAAACUGAUAUCUUCAGACGGACAUGAGUUUAUUGUAAAGAGAGAUCAUGCUUUAACAUCUGGAACCAUCAAAGUAAUGUUAAGUGGUUCUGGUCAAUUUUCAGAGCAUGAGAACAAUGAAAUUAACUUUAGAGAAAUUCCGUCUUAUGUCCUCCAGAAAGUGUGCAUGUAUUUUACCUAUAAAGUCAGGUACACAAAAUCUUCAACUGAAAUUCCAGAGUUUCCAAUUGCCCCUGAAAUUGCGCUGGAAUUACUAAUGGCUGCCAACUUUCUUGACUGUUAGUGACAUAGUUUUCAACCCAUCAUCUAGCGUGA